AGCAUCAAUGACAAUAAGAGUGAAAAAAGAGGUCCUGGCAGACCAAAAAGUAAACCGGAACAUGUAGUUGACGGACAGAAUGCUUUAAUUCCCUAUUGGGGUCGUGGAAGAGCAAGACAUGAAGUUGAUCUAGAUCCAGAGUCAUUGAGAAGGUGGAACCAACUAAUGAAAAUAGAUAGUGGAGAGGGUGAAGAAGAAGAGAGAAAAAGGAAAGAAUGGUGGCAAAGAGAAAAAAUAACUUUCGAUGGACGAAUAGAUGCGUUUACUUCUCGGUCGCAUCAGUUUCUAGGUGAUAGGAGAUUCAGACAGUGGAAAGGUUCUGUUGUGGACUCAGUGGUAGGAGUUUUCCUAACCCAAAAUGUGUCAGACCACCUAUCAAGUGCUGCAUACAUGUCACUUGUUGAAAAUUUUCUAGUUCAGUCAACGAGUAAUCAACAAGCGUCAAUGACCAUAGAUGGCCAAAAAACAAUUGAGAGCAGCAUGACAUCCAUUGGAGCAACUUAUGAUGCAGAUGGUAACCGAUAUUUUGUAACAGAAGUACCUGAACCAGAUAUGAAUCAUGGGUCCAAAAAUUUACCAGCCGAAAAGGCUACAUGCCUGCUUCAAGAAGAGGUGCAAAGACAGAAUGGUAUUGUGAGAUCAGAACCUGAACCGGAUAUGAAUCAAGGACACAAAGAUUUGCCGGCCGAAAAGGAUACGUGCUUGCUUCAAGAAGACGAGCAAGGACAGAAUGGUGUUGUGAGAUCAGAAUCUGAACCAGAUAUGAAUCAUGGACCCAAAGAUUUACCCGCUGAAAGGGCUAUAUGCUUGCUCCAGGAAGAGGUGCAUAGACAGAAUGGUAUUGUGAGAUCAGAACCUGAACCAGAUAUGAAUCUUGUGUCUCAAUAUUUACUAAUUGAAAAUCCUAUGUGCUUGCCUCGUGAAGUGGUGCCAAGACAGCCUUUACCAACCGAACUGCCUAUAUGUUUGCCUCGUGAAGUGGUGAAAAGACAGAGCGGGAAUGAAACUGAAAAGAAAAACAGAAGCCCGAAUAGGAAAACAGCUUCUAAGGAGACUAAAAAGACAAUUCCGAGAGGGAAGAAUAAAAUUGUUAAAGAUGUGGUACUUAGAAGGAGGAACUGGGUGAGUUUAGGAAAGAUCUAUUCUAGACCAAGAAGCAAGGAUCAGAUGGAUUCGGUGUAUUGGGAGGCAGUAAGACAAGCAGAAACCAGCAAAGUUGCCAGCAUCAUCGAAGGACGUGGUCAGCAAACUAUUAUUGCGGGAAGAAUCAAGCAAUUUCUGGAUCGAGUUGUAGACAUGCAUAAAAGCAUAGAUCUCGAAUGGUUACGAUAUGUUCCACCUGAUGAUGUGAAGGAUUACCUGUUGGAGUUCAUGGGAUUGGGCUUGAAAAGCGUGGAAUGUGUACGACUUUUGUCUCUUCAACAGGUUGCCUUUACGGUUGAUGUAAAUGUUGCUCGGAUAGCGGUUCGUUUCGGAUGGGUUCCCCUGAAAGCACUCCCUGGAAGCCUUCAGUUCCACCUUAUAGAAGAGUUUCCGAUAUUGGACACCAUUCAGAAAUACCUCUGGCCCCGACUAUGCGAGCUUGACCAUAGAACACUCUAUGAACUGCACUAUCACAUGAUAACCUUUGGAAAGGUAUUCUGCACAAAGGAAAACCCAAGGUGCCAUGCUUGUCCAAUGAAAGCAGAAUGCAAACAUUAUGCAAGUGCACAAGCAAGUGCUGCCAAUCUUACCCUUUUAGAUGCCAACAGAACUACAGAAUCUGGUCGAGAUGUUCACACUUGCAAACCCAUAGUUGAAGAGCCAAACUCACCACAACAAGAAGAGGACAUUGAAGAUUUUUCAUGGGAUGGAUGUAUUGAAGAUGAAGAGAUCCCGACUAUCAAACUCAAUCGUGAAGAGUUCAACCCAGAUGGGAAAAAGUCUCCAUACAGCAAUUCUAUGUCGCAAGCUUUAGUUUCUGUGGGGACUUCUCCAUUGUCAGCUCCUAAAAUGAAGCGUGUGACCUCUUUGCGGACUGAACAUCAAGUGUAUGAACUUCCAGAUAAUCAUGAGAUUUUGGUUGGGCUAGACAAACGAGAAAGGGAUGAUUCACUACCUUACCUUCUCGCUAUAUGGCAACCAGGUGAAACUCCGAAUUCAAGCCAGCAACCUGAGAAAUUAUGCAGCUCGCAAGGAUCACAACUCUGUGGUCAGAAAACAUGUUUUGCUUGUGAAGGUAUUCGAGAACAACAAGCUGGUAUAGUUCGUGGAACAAUUUUGAUACCAUGCAGGACAGCUCUGAAGGGAAGCUUUCCACUCAAUGGCACAUAUUUUCAAGUUAACGAGGUAUUUGCUGAUCACAAAUCUAGUUAUGACCCCAUUAUUGUUCCCAGAGAAUUGUUAUGGAACCUCGUAAAGAGGACUUUAUAUGUUGGGUCAUCAACAAAAUCAAUAUUUAGAGAUUUGUCAUUAAAGGAGAUUCACCAAAACUUUUGGACAGGUUUUACUUGUGUGAAAGCAUUCGAGCGAGGAACAGGUGCUCCAAAACCUCUUGCAAGGAGAUUCCACUGUUCAGCAAGCAAGAUGGAGAAGGAAGGAAGGAGAAAAUCAGGGAAAAAAUCAUUACACAGCCGGAUGACCAUCUUAUUCAAGCCUCCAAACUUUUAUGAAUUCCAGUUGGGUUUGGAGGCCGACUUAACAAGUUAUUUGUAAUCCAAAGAAUCUGCAGCAACUAGAUGGUGCCUAGUUACAUCCAAUUA